ACCUCCACCUCCCCUCCACCAUUCCCUCCUUCUCUCUCUCUCUCUCUCUCUAUCUCUCUAUUCUCUCUCUCUCUCUCUCUAGCAGAAAUUGAAGAAGCAACCAUUCUGGUUGUUUCCCCCAAUCCUGACGCCAUGCCCUCCAACGCCCCUCAAUCCUCCGUCCUCCUCCACCGCAUCAACCCUAACCCCAACCCGGCCGUGGCCCCCGCCACGACCGCCACCACGUGCCACGACUACCCGAAGCGCACGCCCCUCGCCGGCUGCCCCGUCCCCGAGGCCGCCGCCCUCUACCACACCUACGCCGUCGGCCCCGACCAGUGCUGCUCCGCCGUGGUGCAGCGCAUCGACGCCCCGCUCCCCACCGUCUGGUCCUUCGUCCGCCGCUUCGACCACCCCCAGGCCUACAAGCACUUCGUCAAGAGCUGCCACGUCCUCGCCGGCGACCGCGACGUCGGCGCCCUCCGCGAGAUCCGCGUCGUCUCCGGCCUCCCCGCCGCCAACAGCACCGAGCGCCUCGAGAUCCUCGACGACGAGCGCCACGUCAUCAGCUUCAGCGUCGUGGGCGGCGACCACCGCCUCGCCAACUACAGGUCCGUCACGACCCUCCACCCCUCCGCCGACGGCGACGGCCACGGGGACGGGGAGGGCACCGUCGUCGUCGAGUCCUACGUCGUCGACGUGCCCCCGGGGAACACCAAGGAAGAGACCUGCGUCUUCGUGGACACCAUCGUCCGCUGCAACCUCCAGUCCCUCUCUCAGAUCUCACGCAACCUGGCCAGAAACAUCAACGACGGCAAUAACAAAAACAGCGGCAAACCCUUCUCUCCGUGAGCGACCGAUUUUUUCCAUUGUCUUUCUGAGGGCGGACAUGUGGGGGGGUGUAAUUGCAAAAAAGAAAAAGGAAAAGGAAUUGAGAAAAAUAAGAGGUGAUGGGAAUCCAACAGCUAGAUCAGAGCAAAGCGCUGCAACUUGCUUGGGCCUCUUUUGUGUGAUUAAUCAAUCAAGCUUUGCAAGUGGCUGUUUUUAAAGUGAAGGUAUAUCUUGCAAGUUGCACCUUGUUUUCUUCUGCUCUUCUCUCUCUCUCUCUCUCUGUCAGAUAAAAAGAAGUGCAACUCUCUCUCUCUCUCUCUCUCUCUAUGUAUAUAUAAUAUUAUAUAGAUAUAUAUGUGGUGAAGGAAGGUGUUGUAAGGAAGGAAGGUGGGGGUGAGUGUAUGUGAGUUUGAAUUGAAUAUGAAUAUGAGGGAGAUU